UUGACGAUAUGGGUUUCUGUCAGCUUGGUCGAAGUGUUUAUCUUGCAAGCUGAUCAAAUUUCAUCGUAAUAGCAACAYCUAAGCCUUCMAARGAUGGAAGGAAACUUUAUAUUGAAGCUUAGCUCUUGCAAAGCCAUUUGUACAAUUUUCGCCAUAGUGGCUUCUUUGAGGCAAGUCCACACAUGUCCUUCGGUCUGUCAAUGUGGUGAUCUGGAGAGUCAAAAAUAUGUACAAUGCGACCAAGCGGAUUUUACAGUCCUUCCUGCUGAUAUUCCAUUAGAUACAGAGUUACUGUUCCUUUCAAGUACAAAAAUCACAAAGUUAACAGAAAAUUACUUUGCUAGAUUAUCAAAUCUGAAAACUAUAGAAUUCUCUAAUCACCAUUUAGAAAAUAUUACCAAUGGAGUUUUUAACGGAUUAUCAAAGCUCCAUACACUAAAUCUAAUAAACAGUGGAAUACGACGUGUUUCGUCGGGUGCUUUUGCUGGACUUACAUCACUAACAACAUUGAGUUUGUCAAGUAAUCAUCUAUUUAGUCUGCCUCAGAACGGAAUCAAAGACUUAAGAAAUUUGAAGAAAUUAAAUUUAGCCAAGAACAACAUUCAGACGAUACCUAGUGGUUUCUUAAAUAACUCAGUCGACCUACAGCGACUGAUUUUGAACAACAACAAUCUCACAAGGAUAGAUGUUGAAUCACUACAAUCAUUAAGCAAACUUGCUCACCUAGACCUGAGUAACAAUAGAUUAACGGAGGUUGCAGAACACGCCUUCAAGGUUCCUGGAGCCCAACUUAAUUAUUUAUCCUUGAGUGAUAACAAGCUUUCUUCGUUCCCUAAAGCUCUUUUCGACCUUAAAGUUCCUAAUGGCUUCUUAAACUUGCUUCUCCAAGACAACAGCAUGACAASCAUCCCUCAAGAAGCGAAGACAAUUUUUGAUAAAGUCGUUACUGGAAAGAUACGGUUAUCAGGCAAUCCAUAUGUCUGUGACUCUCGCAUUCKUUGGCUGCAAACAUGGGUGAACACAAGCAAAUUUGCUAAGGAUGGUGAUGACAUAACCUGCACAACUCCAAAGGGCGCAAAGAUAAAACUUAGUGAAUAUGAUUUCCUAGCAACAGUUUCUACAAGUAGCGCUCCAACGACUACGACAGUUCCAACGACAACAACGGAGCCAUCGACAACGACGUUUCCAACAACAACAACGGAGCCAUCGACAACGACAGUUCCAACGACAACAACGGAGCCAUCGACAACGACGGUUUCAACGACAACAACGGAGCCAUCGACAACGACAGUUCCAACGACAACAACGGAGCCAUCGACAACGACGGUUUCAACGACAACAACGGAGCCNACCUCAGCUGCAACCACGACUUCAGCGUCAACCUUAUCUACAGCUGCUAGUUCAGCUCCUACUACGACCUCGGCUCCAUCAACAACAGCUUUAACGACAGGCACUGCACAAGAAACCACAACAAUACCAACCCAAACACAACCAGAAUCGACGACAUCACAAGGGAAACAGCAAACUCGUAUCACAACGUCAAGUAAAACUAAGGUUACGAAUGUUUCCGAAAACGUCUCAAGUACUCAGCAGAUACCAGUAACUACUAUUAGCUCGUCUUCGUAUCCCAUUAUUAAUACAACUGUUCUAACCAGUGUUCUAACCAAUUCAACCAGUACAGGCAAAGUGAAUACAAAUGUGAUGUUACGAAAAGAGCACAUAAUCCUGGCUACUUGCUUGUCAGCGGCUUUUAUUGCUUUAGUWGUCUUUAUAGCGAUGUACUGCUUUAGAAAGAAGAUUAUCAAACGAGAUAAAUUUGUAAACACAAGGUACGAUAGAGUGAGGAUUGUCUAGACAAAYGCAGUUAACUUCUCACUAGGACCAUACAAGACUCCGUCGGUCAAACCAUGCUGUAGUCAGCUGGGAGAUAGGAAUCUCUAGAGUACARAAAAAAACCUUUGUGAAAAUUGGUCAAAAUCAAAUAGCUAAAGAAGUUGUCAUGAAAAUGCUGAACACAUCUAAAAAUACUCAUACCAUGGCCGUUUAUCAGUCAAGACUAAAGAAGCAAGAAAGACACAUUUAAYGCUAGAAAUUAUCAGUAUGCAUCAUUUUCCGAUGACAUUGUAAAUACAUAAUAUGCUUCAAAAGCACUUAUUACCAAAGUUUUUUUAAAACAUGUAUGAUAUAUUUGAUAUAUUUUUAAACCUAAAUUAAGCGCCAUGCAGCCUGCAAGCUGGUUGCAAUAUCAGCCCUAAAUAAUUCCUUUUGUUGUUGUUGUUGUAAAAUUCCAGAGCGAAAUUGUCACACCACAGUAACAAACUGAUAUAUCUAUCAGACGUCAUCAAAGAACUUCUUUUGGGGUGUACUGUCAUUGUGCCUUUCUAAACAAUAGAUUACAUUAUAUACAUUUCUAACUCACUUCUAAAAUAUUUAUUGUAAGAUUUUAAAUCUAUAAUUUUAAUUUUUUGAAAUUUUAUUAAAAUCAUGUAAAGAUAGUCGUA